CACAAACGUUCUUUGUUAUUUGCAGCAUCCCAUACAAGACACACAGAUAGUGUUGAAGUGUACAGAGAACGUAGUGACAAUUGGAAACGCGAGGUUAAGUUAUCUAAACCUCUAGCUCUAGUUAUCUAGCUAUUCAUAUUGGCUGCAAAGCACUAUCUUGAAACGUUGCCAAAUAGCUGGUUCCCUACUGCAGUUCUUCCCUUGCAAGGUUUAUCACCACCACCCUUUCAUUUGGGGGGGCGUCUGUGGCUGUUCGCUCCUCCCGAGUCCAGUCAGUUACAUCAGCUAGUUAGCUAGCUAGCUAGCGACAUCGAAAGAUUGACCCAUGUCCUCUGAAGAAGUCUCAUCGAUAUCGGAUUGGCUCGUGCUGAAUUCCUGGUGGCUACUUUUGCCUUUCAUCAUGCUGCUAGUUGUUGCUGCAUUUGUCGUAGCCUUCGUGUUGCUGCUCUACAUGAUAUCACCGCUAAUAAGCCCCAAACCAAUGAAAUUGAACGGGGCCCACGUCGUGGUCACUGGCGGGUCCAGUGGUAUUGGGAAGUGCAUCGCCGUCGAGUGCUAUAAGCAAGGGGCCUUUAUCACACUGGUGGCGCGGGAUGAGAGCAAGUUGCUCCAGGCGAAGAAGGAAAUUGAAAAAUUUGCCAUAAAUGAUAAGCAGGUUGUGCUGUGCAUAUCAGUCGACGUGUCCAAAGACUACAGUCAAGUGGAAAGUGUCAUCAAACAGGCCCAGGAGAAGCUGGGGCCUGUUGACAUGCUGGUGAACUGUGCUGGCUCGUCCAUCUCAGGGAAGUUUGAGGAGGUGGAGGUGGACCGUUUCCGGAAACUGAUGGAGGUGAACUAUCUGGGUAGCGUCUACCCAACGCGCGCUGUCAUCACCACCAUGAAGGAGCGCAGGAUGGGCCGCAUCAUGUUCGUCGCCUCCCAGGCCGGCCAAAUCGGCCUGUUCGGCUACACCGCCUACUCCCCGUCCAAGUUCGCCCUGCGUGGCCUGGCUGAGUCCCUGCAGAUGGAGAUGAAGCCCUAUAACAUCUAUGUGACAGUGGCCUACCCCCCGGAUACUGACACACCAGGCCUUGCAGAGGAGAAUAAGUCGAAGCCCUUAGAGACCAGGCUGAUAUCUGAGACAUCAGGGGUGUGCCAGCCAGACCAGGUGGCCAAAAUCGUUGUCAGGGACGCUGUGCAGGGGAAUUUUAGCAGCUCAGUGGGGCCUGAUGGCUAUAUGCUGUCGGCUCUCACCUGUGGAAUGAGCCCAGUCACGUCCAUCACAGAGGGCCUACAGCAGAUCGUGACCAUGGGGCUUUUCCGCACCAUCGCCCUCUUCUACCUGGGCAGCUUCGACAGCAUCGUGCGGCGCUGCAUGAUCCAGAGGGAGCAGUCCAAAGCUACCGACAAGAAGGAGUAACCACUGACCCCCCCCUGACCCCCACCCCACCCUCCAUCUCCUCCCUCACACACACCCCACCCCAUUGCCUCCUCUCCCUGCUCACCAUUCCAUUCCAUUCCAUUCCAUUGCAGCACCACUCCUGCCCAGAGAUGCCAAAUUAGCCCAUCUUGCUGUAGCGUGGCGGGUGAAGACUCAUCCUUGGCUCACCAGAGGAGGCCCACAGAAACGCCAGGCAGAGAGACCUCGCCCGCCUGAGUCUCGAUGGAGUCGUGUGGCAGGCAGUGCGGCAGGUGGCCGUCGUCUCUCUGUCUGUUCUGUGUCUGUGUCUCCUGUGGUUUUUUUGGGGGGGUGAAAAUGAUCCAUUGUUCUCAUCAUUCCUCUAAUUGCUAUAUUUUGAUGGAAUCGAUAUUUCAUUUUGGGAGAGAUGGACUCUUCAGGUGACACUGCUUGAGUUCACUGUUUGAGGUUAGAAUGUGUGUGUGUGUGUCUGUGUCUGUGUGAGUUGUGUGUGUACGUGCGUGUGCGUCUUUUUCAAAACCUGUGUCAAAUUUGACCCAGCGUUGGGCGAGAGCUUGUUUGAAACAUUUCUGUGACCGUGAGCUUGCGCUUCUCGCAAUCCUCUCAUUCCUUGCAUGCAGCGGAAGCUCAACACAUGAUGGGCGGCCAGACUGACAGCAUUUUUGCUUUAUGAUUUAGUGACUGAGUGACAGUGAAUGACUACAGUACAUGUUAGAAAGCCUCUCUGUCCUUCUAAAGCACAUUUUAACAAAACAAAGCUAGUUAUUUUCACAGAAGUCAUAGCAGAGAGUUGUAUAGGUAUUUUGUGUUGAUUUGUGGUGAGACGUCUGUGGGACACCAUGUUGGAAAAGGGGGAGUCUCGUGCCAUACGGCCUUCUGCCGUAAAUUGUUGUGACGUGUCAUUAUGCCAAAUGUCCCCUCAUCCCCUGAGAUGCAUAUGGGGGCUUUGCAGGCGAAGCUCUCCUUAUGUAAAGGGUCCACCUUUCACAUUUCCCUUUAUAAAAGAGAAAAAUAUUUACUCUUCCUCUCAAAACACACUCUUUGUCUGUAUAUACUUUAUUGUGUAUUGAAGGGUGUACGCACCUUGACGUCUUGUAGAGUAGAACUUUACAAGCCUUACCUUGCGUAUGCUAUUUUGGUCUUGAUGGAGAUGUUUACUGUGCGCGUGUGUUUGUGGGUGCUUAUGUGAAUGGAUUGAAGUGGAUGCGAGUCGGUGUGGGUUUUACACAACCUCAGGAGCUCUGUAGGAUUUUUGAGAUUGCAGGAUGCUGUUGGUGAAAGCCACACAAGGAGGAUUAGGCUUGCAGGUACGAGCCAUCACCUCCACUGGCCAGAGGAGGGAGCUGAAGAGCUGAAAAGUUUUUUUUUUUUUUUUUGAACGGCCGAGGGCUUGUUCGCAUGCUGCACGCUGGUGGUCAGUGCUCUUCGGGGCGCGGCCAUCGACUGUCUUGUGAUUUUAGUUGGCGAUCGUUAAAAACAUCUCUGGCAAGCUGCAGUCUGACAAACCCCUCUGGUAGUUUGUAAGCUGUGGCAGUCUGUCUGCAGAGGGAAGCGUUCCAGUCGAGAGCACGUGUGGCCGCAGGUCAACGGAAAGUUCUCCCAUUCAUAAGCACAGACGUUUACCCCCGGCUGGGACAUGUCCUCUGGAGGCCAGACAGACACGGCUGACUCUGCCAGGUGUGUGGAUCAGGUAGAUGGUUUCAGUAAGUGUGUGGUGUCUUCAGUCAAGUCCCCCCUUACCCUUUGCUCUGUUUCUUCUGUGUUGCUCUGUACCCUGUCACUCAAACACAAUACUCUAAAGCAGGCAGAGAGCGAGCGAGAGAGAGAGAGGGAGAGGGGAUUAAGGGAGAAAAGAGAGAGGUUGUCUUCCUUUUUAAAAGCAUCACUUGUUAGGGAGAAUGUACCACUAAUACAAAUACAAACUACACUAUGGGGGGGGGGGUAAUAGAUAUUUGUUUUUUGUUUUGUUUAUUCUGUCUUCGUGAAUUGCUUCACCUCAUCCCAAUGGCAAGUUUGCUUUAAGAAUCAGUCAGCUCAGUGCACUGUUGAGAUUUCUGUUGAUUGCAUUUGUUCUGCCCAUGCUGCUCUGCUUCUGUUUAGAGAAAUGAUUAAGCUCAUGCAGUCAGGCACUACUACGUGGAGGCCCAUUCUGCUGUAAAAGCCUUAAGAGAUACGCUGCAUUCAGUAAUAAAAAGCCUAGAAGAAUGGAUCCGUCCACAGCUAAAUGUGGCUUAAAUUCGCUUUAGGUUCAUGGUCUUUCGUUUUAUUCUAUCCAGUUUUGUCCUUCGCAAAUAAUAUUGAUUGAUUGAUUAAUUGAUUACUCGAUUUAUCUUGAUUUUUUUAUGUUGUUGUUAUUGCUUUUCCUUUGCCUUUUUUGUACAUAAAGCCUUACUAGGAUCCACAAUAUGAAGGUGAGAACACAUGACUCGGGCUGAUGAUGUUCUCAUUUGAUGUUGGCUCAAGGUGAGGGCAUUCCCCAGUGCAGCAUAGUGAUCCGUAUCAGGUGCUGGUUUUACAGACGCACCAUGACCAGCUCAUUCUCCAAGUAGCGACUUUUCAUUCAAUAGCCAGUUGGUACGUAGCUAGCUCCCAGAGAAGCAAUCAUUUUUACCUUUAUGUUUUAUUUUCACAUCUUUUAAGCUAUGCAAAACAAGCCUAUGCUCACUACGUAUUUAAAACAUCACAUAAGACAAUACCUGUGCAACAUUCCUUAUCAUCAAGGCUAAGCUGUAGUUUUCUUAUUUUGUUAUGCACUACUGAGAGAUGUUUAAAAAAGAAAAUUGAGUUUAUUAUCACUAAAACACUGGAAUGCAUUCAUUUUUUUGUCACCAUCGUUUUGGUCUCUUAUCCUCUGUUGCGCCUUUUGCUUUUAUUGUUUGUGUUGCCAUACUUGUAUAAAUUUCACCUUGUGUGCCAUUGACAAGAAAAAAGAGGAGAAAGUUGUUGCUUUGUCUUAUUUUCUUACAUGAUAAAAAAUAAAUAACUUUAGAAAAU